AUGAGAAGGCAAGAUGGAAUCAAGAAGAGGCAAAUUCUAUUGUUGUUGAUUAUGGAGAAUACGAAGAUUGCAAUAAUGGAGAUUGACUCAAACAAUGACAAUCCUUCAUUAAAUCGUGAAGAAGCUGAAGAACCCAAGAGGGGAAUGACUUUUAGCUCAAAAGAAGAAGUUUACACAUUUUAUGCCAAAUAUGCUGAACGUGUUGGAUUUCAUAUAGCUAAUAGAACACAAAGUACUGGAUAUGAAGGGGAAUUAAAAUACUUUGGAAUUGAAUGUUCUCGGGCAGGGAGGAGGAAAAAAAAAUCAGAAGUAAACCCUCUCAAGCCAUCAUUGUCCACAAAAAUUGGUUGCAAAGCAAAGAAGAGAAGAUUGGAAGUAAAUGAUCAAGCAAGGAUUGGGGUGUCUAGCGAUUUUCAUUCACUAGUUGAUGUAGUUGAGGGAUAUGUACAAUUGACAUUUGAUGAACGAGAUUGCGACGAUUACAUUGAGAGAGCGAAAAGAUUGAGGAGGCUUGCGGUAGGGGGUGCCAAUUUAAUUCAAGAUUAUUUUUUAAGGAUGAAAAAACAAAAUUCAAACUUCUUUUAUGUAAUGAACUUUGGUGAUGAUGGGUAUGUUAGGAAUUUCUUUUGGGCGGAUGCAAGGAGUAGGGUGACUUAUGAAGCGUUUGGGGAUGUUGUCACAUGUGACACAACCUAUCUUAUGAACAAAUAUGAUUUGCCACUUGCUCUAUUUGUAGGAGUUAAUCACCACGGGCAAUCCAUUUUGUUUGGGUGUGGGUUGUUAUCUAGUGAGGACACUAAUACAUAUGUUUGGUUGUUCAAAUCAUGGUUAAGUUGCAUGUUAGGGCAUCCUCCAAAAGCUAUAAUAACUGACCAGUGUAGCGCUAUGCAAAAUGCUAUACAUAUUGUCUUUCUAGAAGCUCGGCAUCGAUGGUGCUUAUGGCAUGUAAUGAAGAAACUUCUAGAGAAAUUGAGAGGAUAUUCUCAAUAUGAACCCAUAAAGUUGGCUUUGCAAAAUGUAGUUUACGACUCUUUCACAAAAGAUGAAUUUGAGCAUAAAUGGAAAGUAAUGAUUUCAAACUUCAAUCUUUAUGAUAAUGAGUGGCUGAGGGGAUUAUAUAAUGAGAGGCAUCGGUGGGUUCCAGUCUAUGCCAAAGACAUGUUUUGGGCUGGCAUGUCAACCAUGGAACAAAGUGAGAGCAUGCAUGUAUUUUUUGAUGGAUAUGUCAAUUCAAAGACUACUUUAAAGCAAUUUGUUGAACAAUGUGACAAUGCUUUGACGAGUAAGGUUGAGAAAGAAAAGAAAGCAGACUUUAAAUCUCGACACAAAUUGUAUGAUCGCCUAACUAUGUAUGGUAUCGAGAAGCAAUUUGAGGAAGCCUACACCAAUGCAAAAUUCAAAGAAGUUUAA